AUGAAAAUUGUUUUGCAGUUGGAGCGGCUUAUUAAAUAUUUUAUUUUAGUGGUUAAAAAUUUAAGGUUUUCCAAUUAAACAAGUUACAGAUAUGACGAAUAUUUUAUAUAUUUUAUCAAUCUCAUUAUAAUGUGUCUUUCAUUACGUUGAUUUGAAAUUUAAAUUCGACUUGUGCUUCAUGAAAACAGUGAGGCUUCAUUCUUCCAAUUUUCUUUCGGCCGAAAGAUUUUUAAUAUAAUGGAUAUACCUUCCAGUAAUCUCGCAGCACAACUUCAUAAAUUAUGCGCAAGUUUGUCGUCAGAUCCAGACGGAGCUUAUGAACUGGCAGUGUCUUAUCUAUCUUCCACUGAUGAAAAAAACCGUACAGUUCAAGAUGAACGAUUACUUUGCCAGAAAAUUCAGUCCCGCCUUAGUAGCAUAUCAGCAAAAGAUGUUGAUAAGUUCAAUGAAUGUUAUGUAAAACUGAAGAAAUCUUUUGUCCUGAAGCAGCGAGUAUCGGUGUUGGCCUUACUUCUUGCUCUAUCGGACACUCCACAGCAUACAGAAUCCACUUACCAAUUGUUUCCUGUGCCUCAUCUUGCUUCUGCCAAAUCAAAUCCUAGCUUAACUGGUGGGUCAAGUUCAAGCAAAUGUACAAUCGGCACCGGAAGCUGGGGCAGCAAUGCUCCCAAACAGCAGACAUCCAAUCAUAACCUUUAUAGUAACAGUAAUAUGGCUUUACAAACCACUGACCGCGUGAACGAGCGUGCGUGCGUGCGCGACGCCGUACUGGCAGCGACAGGGGUCCGGUCGCGGGGCGCGGGCGGGGGGCCCCGUCCGCAGCAGCUGCUGUACGCCCGCAUCGCGCAUCUCGGCUUCCUGCACGACAGACUGAAGGAGUUCAUUGACCCUAACUCUGGCCUCAUGCCGCAAGGAUUGAUGGGAGAAGGAUUGGUAUCAUCAAUUCGUGACGAAUUGACAGAGUAUUACCGCAGUGUCGCUCUAUUACAAUCACAGGCGUGUGAGGGCGACGGCGGCGGCGGGACUCUGCGGCGGGUGUGUGUGUGGGCGCAGGAGCCGCUGCAUCGCCUCACCUGGCUGGCCAACAUCGCGCAUACCGCCCACCAUAAGAAAGGUGGCGAGUUGGCUUCGUGCGUUCAUCGUUUCGUCCGGCACGGCGACGGGCGUGUGGCCGCCCUGGCGCGCCGCCUGCUGACCGCGCUCACCUACCCGCUGCUGCUCAUGCUGACGCGCUGGCUGCUGCACGGUGAAAUCGACGACCCGUUCAACGAGUUUUUCAUCGAGAGCCGAAGUGGAGUCCCAAUUGAUAGAAUGUGGCACGACAAGUACAGAGUGAGAGAAUGGAUGGUGCCUUCGUUUAUGUCGCGAGCGCAAGCGGCUCAGAUCCUGGCGACGGGCAAGAGCGUGGUGUUCAUGCGCGAGGCCUGCGCCGACGAGCCGGGGCCCGGCGGCCACGCGCACCAUCUGCAGGCGCUCAUCAACUCCAUCUCCAGUAACGGGAGCAAUGCGGAGUUUGCUGGCGCUUCAAGUUCAGAGGGCUCCCUCCCGGCGUGGUGGGAGGCGGAGGGGCUGCGCGCGGGGGUGGAGGGGGCUCACGCGGCGGCUUCACAGCGGUUACUGGCCGCUUUGACUACGCAUCACCAUCUGUUGGAUCAUCUGGCUGCUCAUAAGAGAUAUCUGUUGCUGGCGCAGGGAGACUUCGUGCAUCAUCUCAUGAGUUUGCUGCAAGAGGAGCUGAGCAAGCCGGCGUCGUCGCUGUACGUGCACAACCUGUCGUGCACGCUGGAGGCGGCCGUGCGCGCCACCAACGCGCAGUUCGAGCCGCCGCACGUGCUGGCGCGCCUGCACGUCAACCUCUACCCCAACUGCGACGGUCGCGACGACUGCGGUUGGGACGUGUUCGCCCUGCAGUACCGCGUGGACGGCCCGCUCGGCACGCUGUUCCCGGCCACGUGCGCCGCGAGGUACCGCGCUCUCUUCACGCAGCUGUGGCGCGUCAAACGCAUAGAGUACAGUCUGCAUGAUGCGUGGCGCGAACACACCAUACUGCACAAGCGGCUCAAGCAUAUGCCGGAGGUGUGGGGUCUAAUGCGUCGCGUGUCGUGCCUCCGCGCCGAAGCAUUACGUCUUUGCGGCGCGCUACAAGAGGCGAGCUGCGUGGGCGCCGAGCCGGCGUGGGAGGAGCUGCUCGCCGCCGCCGCCGAGCGCCGCGACCUCGACACGCUGCUGCGACUCCACCACCGCGCGCUGGACAAGCACUCCGUGCACGCCAUGAUACACCACACCACGCAGGAAUUACAAUCUUACCUGGGCAACGUGUUGAACGAGACACUAGCGCUGCGCAGUUUCGAAGCUACGCUCCACAACGGAAUCAACGCUGAGCUCGAACGUAGAGAGCGCAUCGAGCAGACCAAAGCCGAGCGACUGGCUAGAGGUGAAUACGCUUUUACGGCGGCCGAUGAAGCCCAAGAUAAAGAGAAACGGAAAAUCUUCCAACAGUUCUUGGCGAGUCGAAAAGCUGAUCUCAAUGUUUGGACUCGUACAUACAGGGGCCACGUGACCACCCUGAUCCUGAAGCUGGCGCUGCACGCGGAGGUGUCGCUGCAGACGCUGGCGUUCCGGCUCGACUACAGCGACUUUUACAAACGCGGCGACGCCAAGCUACACGAGCCUCUCACCUAUCAGCAUAAACGGCUCAGCGAGAUCGGCCUCAGCAUGGCUAAGAGUAAACUAAUGGAGCGCAAUCGCAAGAAAUGAGACGUUAGGGCGGUGUCCAUACAGUGUCCUCCAUCCACUACGCUUCGUCUACGCCGGUGCAUCAUGAAAACAUAUCUAUGAUAUAUAUCUAGUUGCUGAAUUAAACAAUUAACUUCCAUAUUUUUGUUAAAAUUUGUAUUAAGUAAUACUACGAUAACUGUUACCUAAUGUAAGAUUAAAAUCUGUUUUGCUCUCUCUUUUAGUGCCAUCUUUCUUGCUUUGUAACAUUAUGUGACAAUGGAUUUAUUUAAUAA